AUGGAUACCAAACCAGCAUCUAAGGACUCUAUGAAGUCCACCUGGCGCACGGCUGACCGAUCAGAAUGGACCCACCAACACUGGGCAUUGGAACUUUUAAAUGCCCAUCCAAUUGAAUUAGGCAAAGAAGUACCGGUCCACGCCAAAGAAGAGAAGAUCCCGUUUAUGCCACAAUGGUCUCUCCAGCGAUGGGUGCUAUUUUACUCGGCUAUACCCCUAAUUCUGCAUCAAGCUUAUAUGACUUAUACCGGUCGUACCUUGGGGCCGAUCGCUACAUUCAAUUUUUAUUUCCUCGCCUUUAACGCGACUGUCAUCUAUCAAGUGCACGUCCUGCGACGCUUGGGUCAUAUAUAUGGCUUUCUGGAUGGUGACAAACACGAGCGAGAUGGAGUCCCCGACGUUGGUGUGGGCAAAGUUGUCACCUCGCUUUAUAAGACCACCGGCUCCCGACUCGUGAUGGCCGUCUACUUGACCUACAACAGAGACCAACUCCCUAGCCAAUUGAACUGGCUCUGGCUUCCACUCAUGAUCGGUCUCUACGGAAUCGUACUCGACUUCUGGUUUUACUGGUACCAUCGUCUGAUGCACGAUGUGGGCUUCUUCUGGAAAUUCCACCGCACCCACCACCUGACCAAGCACCCCAAUCCCCUGCUUGCCGCCUACGCAGACCACGAACAGGAGUUCUUCGACAUGGUCGGUGUGCCUUUUAUGACAUACGUCAGUCUUCGGUUUAUGGGAUUACCGAUGGGGUUUUAUGAGUGGUGGAUCUGCCACCAAUACGUGGCGUUCGCGGAAGUUUUCGGUCAUAGUGGACUGCGGAUGCAUCUGACUGUGCCAUCCACACUUAGUUGGUUGUUGCAGAUAUUCAACUGCGAUAUCGUUAUUGAGGAUCAUGAUCUUCACCACCGGAAGGGAUGGAGGAAGAGCCACAAUUAUGGCAAACAGACUCGUCUUUGGGAUCAGAUCUUUGGGACUACUACUGAUCGAAUCGAGUCUGCGGCGAGUAAUGUUGAUUAUUACAAUGUGGCAAAAAUGCCCUUGUUCUAG